GAAAUGGAGGUGCGUUCUGGGAGUUGUAGUUUCCCAGUGCUGUUUUCGCGAGAAGACUACUUGUCCCAAGAUGCAAUUCUCCACCCGUAGGCUCCUUAGUUACUGUCUCUAAGCACUGGAGUCCUGUUUAGAGACAGGGAUCCAGAUGUGGACAUUCCCAGCUAUAAACUUGACUCUUAGGACUGCUUUCAUUGUGUCCCGUAGGUUCUGGCUUAUCAAAGUUUUGGCUUUUUGCAAGAACUGGUCAAGAUUUAAUGUUCCUCUGGUGAAAGUGUGCAUACUGUGACUUAUGUCGGCCCAAGAAAUACAUAAACAUGCUGUUCUCCCUCCUAUCAUUAGCAGAAGUGACAAGGAAUUUUUGGAAAGUAUGCAAAGAUACAUAAUUACGGAAACUGAAAGUGUGGGCUGUAAUGAGAAAGGACCUGCUGAUGAAUAUUAUAUCAUAUACAGAAAUGUUUUUGAUAAGGUCAUAGAGUAUGUUACCGCAUACAAAUCCAUUCUUACUUCAAUCAAAAAAGAAUAUGAUGCCUUUAUUGAGACAAUAAAGAAGAGCCAGAGAACUGCAUUUUGUCUUCAUGGAAAACUUAAGGCUUUGGCAGCAGAGCCUACAGCUUUGGUAUAUCACCAGAGAAGAACAAUCCAACUCAAGGAAAAAAUAAGGAUUAUUAAAAAUAAUUCCUUGAAGAUUCAAUUGCAAAUAGAUCAAGUGAAACAGCUUAGGGCAGAGUAUGAUGCGAAAGAAGUAAAAUACUGUACUUCCACCAAAGAUUCUGCAAAACCUAUUCCAGGUAUGACUCUCCAUGAAUCUGUUAGUUUAGAUGCUCUCAGUAAAUAUAUGAAACAUCUUGAAGAUAGGUAUGCAGAAAUUAAACGAUCUAUGACAAUAAAAUAUAUACCAGCUCAAAAGAAGGCUGAAUUAGAUGAGGAAAUGAUUGUGUUAUUAAAAAGGCGAGAUGUAGCUGAAAAUCUGAACAAAGAAUUACAGUUUUGUUAUCAAAGACUGCAGAUUGUUUCAGAUGCACUUACUUCAUGGGUAAAAUCUGAUAUGAGCAGCUCAUUUCAAGACUUCGUGGGCCAAAUUAAAAAAACCAAAGUAUUUACAGGUGACCAAGGCAUUGUUGAAGAACUGCUUGAAGAUCCAAGCAGGGCAAAAGAUGCUGAAAUUAUGCUUUACUACAUUGAAAGGUUCAAUGAAUUAAUCGCACUUGGUGAAUAUGAAAAGGCAGCUUGUUUUGCAGCAAAUAGUCCUAAAAGAAUUCUUCGAAACAUGAAUAUAAUGAAUAAAUUUAAGGCUCUUGGGAAAAUAAGAGGAAAGCCUCUUCCAUUACUCUUAUUUUUUGAGGCUAUAUUUAGCACAAGUCAUGCUUUUAGAUAUCCUGUUGAUGCAUAUCUAACUUUGGAAGGAAUCAAAUGUGGAUUGUCUGAAAAAAGGUUUGAUUUAGUUAUCAACUGGGUCACCCAAGAAAAGCUAACAUUUUCUGAGGAGGCUGGUGAUGUGAUUAGUGAUUAUGGGGAGAAGGACACUUUUAACAAGGACAAGUGUUUAGCUUUAGCUCAAAUUAUCUACAGCAAAUGUGGCCUGCAUAAGAAAGCUCUUCUAUGCCUGUGUAAACAGGGUCAGAUUCAUGGGGCCAUGGAAUACUUACAACACUGUAAGGACUUUACUUCAGAUGACCUGAUACAGCUAAUAACAUUAUGUCCCCAAGAUGAACUAAUUCAAUCUCUCACUAAAGAAAGGAAUGGGAAGCCACCAUUUUUAUCUUUUGGGCUUAUUGUACUUCAUCUGUUCUCUGUAAAUAUGGAAGAAGUUGGUAUUAAGCUACUUAAAGAAAUAAAUAAAGGUGGGAAAGAUUCAGUAGAACAUCUUAUGAUGAGUGAUUCAUUUUGCUCGCUAGAAACAUGGCAAGACAUGGCAGAUAUAUGUUCACAGAGUGGCUUUAACAAAUUAUCUAAUGACAUUAUGUCCAUUCUUCGAUGUCAGCCUGGAGUUUCAGAAAUUUCUGAAGAAGAUGAAAAAGUGAACCCAAUGGAACAUGUUUUUUGGUAGUUCUGUAUUUUAACCAGUUGAGGGAGCUUGUACAACAUUGUGCGUAUAUUGGUUAAGCAAACUGGUUUUGGCAUAAUUACAAAUAAAACCAGCAUAUAAAUCUCUCAGAACUAAAUAACACCAAUUUUGUUAUGAUGAUAUUUAGGUUUGUCCUUGAAACAUAUUAUUGCUUUCUUUUUCCAAUAUGGUCAUUUCGUAUAUUGAAUUUUGAUAAAAUCCAAAUUUUAACUAUAGUGUAAAAGUAUAUAGGCAUUUUUAAGGGCAUAAGCUAAUGCCUAGAUACAUUCUUUUCUGGUAAUUUAAUUUGAUGUCAAGAACUGAAGACCGGGCAAUGGUGGGAAUGUAGCUCAGUGCAGACGCCCUGGCUUCAGUCACCAUUAUUUAAAAAAUAUUAUAGAUAUUAUAGAUAUAGACAACAA